UCCUGGCAUUCUCUUAUUCUCUAUACCCUAUUUCUCCUUCCACAAUGUCCACCUCCAAAACCUUCAAAGUAGAAGAAACCAUCUGCACUCCCUCUGGUUUCACUCUAACCCAAUCCACCACACCUUCAUCCCAGUCUAGUGAGAGAAGAGGAAGAAGAAAGCAAGCAGAGCCAGGGAGAUUCCUUGGAGUUAGGCGUCGCCCUUGGGGCAGAUAUGCUGCAGAAAUCAGAGACCCUACAACAAAGGAAAGACACUGGCUUGGGACCUUCAAUACUGCUCAUGAAGCAGCUCUCGCAUAUGACAGAGCUGCCCUAUCCAUGAAGGGAACCCAAGCAAGAACAAACUUCAUUUACUCUGACAACACUACCUUUCACUCCCUCCUCACACCCUUCAAUGCACAAGCCUUCCUACAACCUUCACAGCUCCUUAUUCCCAAUGCCAGCAGCCCUCAGGCCACCACACAAACCCAUGUCCAAUCAGAUCAGGACAUGUGUAGCAUUCAAGCUUCAAGUACUGGGUCAGCCUCCAUUAGUGAUAAUAACUUCUUUUUCUCUUCUGAUUCUGGGUCAGGUUACUUAGAGAGUAUCAUUCCUGAUAGUUACUUGAAACCUGCUUCAAAACCCACAAAUGUAAGUGUUCAAGAUUGUAGUUUCAGUACUUGUUCUGAGUCACAGAACCCAAUCAUGGUUCCUUCAAUGGAUAACUUGAAUGGGACAGCAAAGGAGAUGAGUCUGAACUCCAAUAACUUCCCUUGCCUUGAUGAGCUUAAUCAUGGGUUUUGGGGUUAUGGGCAGUCAUGGGAGCCUACUACUGCAAUGGAGGAGAACCCUUUAAUGGUGGAAGAUGGAUGUGUUGGAUCUUUCUACCCAUACAUUGACAGCCCAGGAUAUGGGUUCAUGCCUCAGGCUUCACCUUCAGAUUCUUACUAUCCAUCUCUUCCCUCUUGUAGUGAUGUAAUAGACUUGGGUUACUCACUCUUUUGAGCACUGUUUGCAGUUUUAAGCAUUUUAGCAGAGGGAGAGAGAGAGAGAGAGAAUGGUUUGGAUUUUCUCCUUGUUUUGAUUCUCCUUUUGAGAUUUUGGAUAAUGCUCCUUCUGAAAGA